GUAACUGCAGCUGUGCUCGCGCUCCUAGCUCAGUGUGACGGUGCCUCGCGCGGUGUGUGUCGGUGUAAUGGACGCGUCGGCGCGGCGGUGAACGGAACGUCAGUCUGUCAUGCGGCGGUGUGAGACUUUACUGCUCAUCAUCAUCCUGAUAGCAGGUGUGAGUACAGCACUGCAGAUUCAGUGUUAUCAGUGUGAAGAUCGUCAUGACGACUGCUCAUCUUCAGACUUCAUCGUUAACUGUACAGUGAAUGUUCAGGACAUGUGUCAGAAGGAAGUGCUCGUCAUGGAGGAUGGAAUUCACUACAGGAAGUCAUGUGCGUCAUCAGGGGCGUGUCUGAUCGCAUCGUCGGGUUAUCAGCAGUUCUGCACGGGAAAACUGAACUCUGUCUGCAUCACCUGCUGCAAUACGGCACUCUGCAAUGGCCCACGACACAAACGCCGAGCGCUCUCCUGCGCCCGCUCACUGCACGUGCUCAUCCCAGCCAUACCACUGAUCGCCGCCAUCCACAGCUUCUUCUCAUACUCACACUGACAAACAAAACUUCUGUCUGUCUCUCUUCAUCACCAUAUGUCUCAUGUAAAUAAUAAUGUGAGUUAUUUCAAAUUUGACCUUUCAAAUACACAAUGCCACACAGACUCUGCUGUCAUUGUUAAUAUGUGUGUUUGUGAAUGAUGUCUUGAUUAAUAUGAAGACACAAUCAGGGCCAUAGCAAGGAAUUCUGGGCCCCCUGACUGUUUAUUGCUCUGGGCCCCUUACCUAUUAAGGAAGUACAGUUUCAAAUUUGUUUUGGGUCGCCCUGUACCUUUGGGCCCCUAGAAUCAUUACCACUUUUCACCCCAUUAGCUACGGCCCUGGACACAAUGACACUAUUAUAAAUUCAGGGCCGACCCAUGGGUUUGCGGAGCUCUAGGUGACAUCAUGAGUCAUAACAUUAAACAUUCAUAGAAAAAAGAACUUUCUUUUUCAAAUGAGCUGAGUAGCUGACAAACAACAUGCAUAUGAACCUUUUUUCCCAAUCUAAGAUUUUAGGUUAAAAUGUAUAUGAAUGAAUAAGGGAAAGUGUGUAUUUUAGGCAUUAUAACUUGUCAGCAUUUCUUUUCAGUUUUUCAAAAUUUUUAUUCACCUUUAAUUUCUUUUUUUAAUUUAUUAUUACAAAUUAAUUAUUAAAAGUACACAAGUGCCUCAACUGAUAUGAGGUCAUGGAAAGUGCAUGUUAUAAGAAUUAUAGAAGAAUUAGACACUUUUUGAAAUAGUUUUAGAUUAAAUAUAAUCUUUCACAGUGAGGACAUGGUCAACAAUGCCUUUCAUGAUUAUUUAGUGCAACAAAAUCAAUGUAAACAAAUGAGGCAGAAUUAUGUGCAAUAGUUAAUAUAAGUUAAAACAAAAGAAAAAAUCAGGUACAGUAAUGUAAAAGUGUAAAAAUAAAAUUACAAUAAUUUAUCUAGGGCCUUCAGAAACAAAAAAAGAAAAAGAAGAAGAAAAGAAUAUAAAUAAGUAAUAACUCUAGCAGAUCUUUGCUGAUUAAUUACUCAUAUUUUCACGUCAUGUCGAAGGUGUUUUUCAAUUUGUCCUUAGAUUAUUCUUGAGAAAACUCACCUAAUCCUUCUUUGACGAGUGACGUUUUUCCUUCAGAAAGUGUGUUAGACAUGCCAAGCCUCAAAUGCGCAAAUAGCCAAAAAUUAUUUUAAUUUUUAUUUUCAGUGUUUCUGUUACACGAGCAUUUUGAAGAAAUCUGUGGAUAAAAACAGAUGCGGUUCUCACAAUGCAACAUGGCGUGAAUAAAUAAUGAAGAUUACUCUGUAGUGUUGUUGGUUUUUUUUUUUACUGUUUGCCGCUUUUAUUUUUACUGACUGUAUUUUAUUUGUAGUCACAUUUAGUUAUUUGUCAUGUGGUAAUUAGUAAGAGCAUAUUUACCAUAAUAUUUUGCGGGUUUCUGUUAUGGUAAUUUGUUUUUUAAAUGGUGAGGAUUAUGUGCAUCUUUACAUCAAUUCAACAGUAUUUCAUUAGCAAAAUGGUUCGAUUGAGGUGUGUCAAUGUACUCAGACUCCUAUUUAAUAAAGUAUAAAUUAGCACUCCUAAUGACACACACCUCAAUGUAGAUGAUAAAAUCUGACUCCAAAUUUAAAGUUACGGGUUAUUGUGCACUUCCUGCAGCCGGCUCUGUGAAAUGAGUUUGUGUUUAAGUUAAAUGUUGACUGUGUUCAGCUCUGACAGGUUAAACAUCACAUAAUGAACAUCUACUGUACAGGAAAUGACCUCAGAAACAUGACAACAUCCUGCACUUCUUGUGUGUAUUUAUUAAUGUACUUACACCAACCACUGGGUGGAGUUUGUUUUAUCCCACCAAUCACAACACACACACACACACGUGCAGUACAUGAUCAGACAGGUCACUGAUGAACGGAAUAAAUCAUAACACUGAUUAUCACUUAAUUGAGAACACACAUUUAUGGUCUAAAGCAGUCUGAAAAAUCACUUUUUUUAGCAUGAUCUGAGCUAAAGAAGCACAAUUUUGUCUCAACAUUGUUGUCAGAUUAUUAUUAUUUUUUUUAUUUGAAUACAUUAUUUGAUUAUAAUCUUGACUAACACAUUUUGGAGAUUUCGGUCUUCUAUUUUUUAACCAUGUGUGUAGAUGAGGAAAGGAGGACUAAUGAAAUGACAUGUGAAACAUGAAUAUUACUAUUAUUGACAUGAGCCUCUUAAUUAACAUACAAUCACAUUCAACAAUGUCAUAUGUACAGUAGACUUCUAUUUCUGCAGUAUGUAUAAAUAGCAGAAAUGAUCAGAUGUGUGACAGUAUGUGAUUCUGAACUGUUAUUUUGUCAUAUGGAUUAUUUAUUUCUAUCUACAAGAGCAUAGCGGCCUCUGAGGGACCUCGAUCAACCAGGGGCCCUGGAAAUUUCUCAGUUAUAUUUUAUACAGCUCAACAUACUUUUGAUUUGUUUAACAUUUCUGGUCACAAUAUAAUUGCCAUACUUCUGAUUGUGUUAUUUUAUAGAUUUGAUGACUUUAUGAUUUUCUUUAAAUAAGUCAAUAAUAAAGAAUGUAGAAAUUAAUUGUGUUCAGACUGUUGACUGAUAACUAACGUAGAAAGUAAAUGUUUAGUGUCCAUGUAGAAAAGAGAUUAAUAAAGACGUGUUGUGUGUAUGAACGCAUGUGUGAUAUGUUAAUAAUAUAUAAUAACUGCUCUUUCCCUUCAGAUAAUCUCAGACCAUUCACAUUUACAUCUGAUUAUUUAAUUCAAAGUGACCAAAUAAUAAAUGCUAAAGA